CGCCACAGGAGUACUAAACAUUCUUCAAAUGAAAUCUCCCGGCAGUCGCCUCGCUCGAUUCAUUGAUUGCUUGUCACAAUUCGAUAUAUCGAAGUUCACAUAUCGAGCAGGUUCUCAGAACACAGCUGAUCCUCUUUCUCGCUGCCCGGAUCCUGAUAUACCACCUUCUUCUCUUCAUGGGCCUUGCCCUUUGCUUGGUGACGAUGGGAUUUUGUCUGCCAUUAAUACACAUCGUUACAACCUUCGCUCUCGGCCUCAAUCCCCACUUGCCACUGAUAAACCAACAUGCAGCCGUUCGCCGUCCCCAUCUGCCGGCGACCGUUAUAAUUUGCGUCCCAGGCGCCCUGCUCCGCCUUCCGAGUCGCCCAACGAGCCCCUCACUGGCGAACCUUCUUCUCCGCUGAAAGCACCUAUCUCUGAUGCUCCCCAGCCUCUUGCCAAUUCUGAAAAACCACUUUCCUUCAUGUUUCCCUCACCACCUUGUACUAAUGAGGCUGAUUUAUUGGACCUUUUUGGUAUUCCAUACUUAAUUGGGGAACAAGACAAGGAUGCUACAAUUUCAGCUCUCAAACAAACGCUGCAUAAAAAUCCCAUUCAUAAUAAAUUUCAAUUGCACAAAGGGGCAGUUUGCACCAACUCAAACCCUCCCCAAGUGUACGUGCCUGAAUCUUUACGCCCUCUCCUUUUGCAUGAAUCUCACUCUUCUUUGCUUGCCGGCCAUUUGGGAGAGGGGAAAGUUAUGGCUCGACUGAGUAUUUAUUAUUGGCCAAAUAAAUCACAAUCCAUCGCAGAUUAUGUCAAGUCUUGUGAUGUUUGCCAACGCUUUAAGACACCCACUUUUUCUAGUGGAGUUCUAACCCCAAUAGUUGCAAAAUACCCCAUGGAAUUGGUUUCAGUGGAUAUAAAAUAUAUGCCACUUUCAAAGCAAGGUUAUAAAUAUUUGGUUUUCUUUGUUGACAAUUUCACUCGCUUUGUUAAAUGUUAUCCUCUCAAAACUCUUCAAGCUGAGGAACUUUGCACCGCUUUGAAAGAAUAUGUUCUUACUUUCGGGGUAUUUAAAGUCUGUCUCACAGAUUACGGCAGUAAUCUGACAUCCCAUUUAUUCAGGCAAACGCUACGCUCUUUGGGCUCACGCGUCGUUUUCAGUCCCGUCGGCUACCAUAGCACGAGUGGUGCCGCUGAAGCCGCAAUAAAGUUUGUCGCAAAUUUAAUCACAAAGUUUUGCAAUCAGUCCCUUGACAAUUGGGUGGACCUUGUCCCUGCCGCUUGUUUUGCUGCAAACACGAGUAAAAAUUUCAGUCUGAACAUCGAUCCUUUUACUCUCUUAUAUGGCUUCACUGCUUUGACUCCUGUUAAUUUGUUGGGAGUGUGCCUUCCCAAACACAUCACACCGCCUAAAAAACUGUUGCAACACUUCGCUUUGCGCACGAAUGCUCAAAAGCAUUUGAAACAAGCCCAAAUCAAGCAAAAGCAAUAUUUUGACGCACGACGCCGCCAUAUUACCUUUGAAGUUGGUCAGAAGGUUUACGCUUUACGCAAAAUAACAAAGCGAAAUAAAAAGUUUCUUUACAAAUAUGUUGGCCCCGCAAAAAUUGUUAAAAAAACUGGUGUGUCCUCCUAUCUUGUUCGAGUUCCUUACAAUAAUCGCUUUAAAAACAUGAAGUACCAUUGCCAACAUCUGAAGCCAUAUUACAAGCGUCCUGCCCACCUUGAACUGCCUCUUCCUUGCCUUGCCGCUCUCUCUCAAAAUGUUGAUUCAUUGCACCUGGCAUCUUGGAACAUUAAUGGUUUUCGAGCGUUCUGCCGCAAAACUAGUGCUGAAUAUUUGCUCAGUAACAAUUUUGACAUAAUUUGCCUUCAAGAGACUAAAUGCACUCCUUCAGUGAUCUCAGAUUAUUUCUCUGACAAAGGCUAUUUCUGCUUUUCAGCUACUAGUGAGAAUCGUGGCUAUGCCGGUGUUUCUAUUCUGUCCCGCCGUGUUCCAACGCAUGUUAUAACCGGCUUUCACGGUGAAUCAACAAAGGAAGCACGAGUACUUACUUUGUACUUCGAACACUUUAUCAUUGCAUGUGUUUAUAGCCCAUAUUCUGGGUUUUCCCUCCAAAAUUUGCCCAAAAAAUGUGAUUGGUUCCUUCAGUUCAACUCCUUUAUUGUGACCCUUCAAGAGUCCUCCUUGCCUGUCAUUAUUUGUGGAGAUAUCAAUGUGUCCCAUACGGCCAUGGAUAUCCACCCACGUGAAUUUGCUCUUUCCCCUGCCAGCGGCACAAAAACCGAGCGAACGCUUUUCGCCGGACUGUUGUCUUUGGGUUUUGUUGACACGUUUCGUUUUUUGCACCCGCAUGAAGUGCGCUACUCCUUUUGGGGCUUCCACCCUCGUCACACCCAUGACAAUAUCGGCAUUCGACUUGAUUACAUUCUUAUUCCCACUAAUCUGGCUUCCCAUUUAACAGACGCUCGCAUUGACUCCCAUAUAUCCGGCAGCGAUCACGCGCCCUGUGUCAUGCGUCUUGCUUUCCCUGCAACAGUGGCAACUCCAACUACUGAGCCUAAACCUCUAUCUUACUAGAGCCCUAUUUCGCGAAAACAGUUCCGCACCACCCUUUUUUGCCGCCUUCCCUUCUUUUCCCUUCAUACGCCUGCGUACGAAGGGUGGCCUGCCACUCGGCGCCCCACGCACCACCGCACCGCGUCGCUACCCCAUGCGUUGAAGUCCUUGCCCUUGUCAUUGGCACCCUCUGGCGGUCGCUUUUGGAACUCGUUCCGCGUUGCCCUCCUAGCCUCAUUCAAUGGGCAUCCUAUUUACACCUUUAAUUUUGUCAAUCUACCUGCCUUUCCUUGCCCCUCCGCACGGCUCCCGCCGUCGCCUUCCCCUCCACCCACGCAUGACUCGUGGCUGACUUCCCCUCUGCCGAUGCACGGCCCCCGCCGUCGCCUUCCCCUCCACCCGCGCGUGACUCGUGGCCAACUUCCCCUCUGCCGACGCACGGCUCCUGCCGUCGUCUCCCCCUCGGCCCACGCAUGACCCGCGCCACUGUUAAACAAACGGUCAAAUUUCCAGGCCUUUCGAUCCGUGUUUCGCAAAUAGUUGCAAUCUCUUAACGGCGCGUAAUUACAGUUUUUGGCAGCCCUCCUUUUCAUCGGCCUCCCAUGCCAAUGCUUCCCACGCAGACAGCCCCCAGUGCAUGUUGCUUUUUUCACACGAACUCCUUGUUUUCCCGGCCAUUGCCGCCGAUGCUGUUUCCCGGCUUUCGAUGCCGAUGCUGCUUUUACCGCCCAGUGCGAUGACCCUUUUUACCGGCAAUAGCCGAUGCUGCUUUUACCGCCCAGAGCGAUGACCCUUUUUACCGGCCACUGCCGCCGAUGUCAAUUUUCCGCUCUGAGCGAUGUCUAGUUUUUCCGGCAACUGCCGCCGAUGAUGAUUUUCCGCUUCGAGCGACGUCUUGUUUUUCCGGCCGCUAUCGCCGAUGUUGUUUUACCGCUAUUUUUUCCGGCCGCUGCCGCCGAUGCUUUUUCCCGGCCACUGACGCCGACGUUCAUUUUCUGCCUCGAGCGAUGUCCUGUUUUUCCGGCCGUUGCCGCCGAUGUUGAAUUUCCGCCCAGUGCGAUGUCCCUUUUCCGGCCGCUGCCGCCAAUGUCAAUUUUCCGCCUCGCGCGAUGUCCUGUUUUCCCGGCCGCUCCCGCCGAUGUUGAUUUUCCGCCUCGAGCGAUGUCUUGGUUUUCCGGCCGCUGAUGCCGAUGUUCAUUUUACGCCUUAUGCGACGUCUUGUUUUUCCGGCCACUGCUGCCGAUGUCGAUUUUCCGCUUCAAGCGAUGUCCCGUUUUCCCGGCCGCAGUCGCCGACGUUGAUUUUCCGCUUUGAGCGAUGUCCAGUUUUCUCGGCCGCUGCC